AUGGCUCCGGUAGAGUUCAUGAUACCGAAAGCACAAAUGAGCCCGAGAAGCGACGCAGCCACCGUGGAAUACGCUUUCCAUCCGCCGUCCGGAUACUCCACUGUUUCCAGAGGAUCUUCUUCAAACACUUCUGUGGAGUUCUCCACCGUAUCGUCCUGGAACGUCUUAUCGUUGAACAUGCUUGGUUUUCCCGACUGGAACGCCGAAGAAGAGGCCAUUGGCCGGGAAUCGUAUUCAUCGUGA